GAGACGUUGGCGGCCAUGAGAAACGUCCUACAACAAGCCCACCCCGUUCUCAAAAGCACCCUUGGGUUCGGGUCGGGUGGGUUAGGAAAAGCAUCUCACCCAAGAUCUUCGCAUAGGCCGCGAGCGUUUACGCAGCCCGCCUGCGACUGUCACUUUUCGACAGCUUAGUCCUUGGCUCCCACCACGAAGUUUCUCACGGCCGGCCGGAAACGACCUCACACCACCCAAACACUCCCGUAAAAGCGCUCGCUGGGAGACGAGAUACAGAAGCCAUCCACCCAAAAGGAAAACACAUUCCAUCUACCUCCCAUGAGUUCAGCUACGAACGCGUCCUACAACAAGCCCACCCCAAUCCACAGAUUUGCUGUGGCGUCCGAUAACGACGACGUCGGCGGGGAAGAGAGGCCGUUCCAGUCGUCGUUGCCGGUCAUCAAGGACGCAGCCGCCCUCUCAGUCUUCACUCACAACAAAGAUUACGAAAGCCCGUACCAGGCUGAAGCCUUCUUCCUCGCUGAAGCUGAAGCCUUCGUCGUCACUGUACAAGACACAGACGACCGUCGGCCAGGCCCACCAUAUUGCAAGAUCAUGCGUACCUCGCACCAAUGCCUUAGUCCCUACUUGAAGUUUAAUGAAGCUCGGAAAGUUCCCGCCUUGAUGAUCAUCAACACGAUGUAUUCAAGUGUCUCCGGCGUGCUUGCGUUUAUGGAGGAUCCGGGCCGCGCAUUUGUAGGCCAUGACUCGUGCUCAGACCCGAUCGCGAGCAUGAAGGUACUCAAGACAAACCGCGUGUGGCACGACCUUUACUACAAGGCUCAGCAUGCCACAACGGGAACCCGUACGGAACAGUCUUCUCGUGGCGGAGCCUGGAAGCCCAUGGUCCAGCUCAAGAUGAUCGAAGAUGUGGAUGAUCGGCACGAGGAAUUCAAGUGCUGGCUUUGGAAUGUAUGGGUCUUACUGACUUCCACCACCCUCUGA